AUGGAGAGCACAGCUCCUACAGGGGAGGGCCCGUCGGCUGUAUGGAGCGACUUACGAGAUAAUCUUCAAAACGAGGAACAGUCCGGCAGGCGCAGUUCAAGGGCAAGGUCUUUUACACCGGAGCGAAAGGAUCGGAGCUCACGAAUGGACGGUGUCCAUGUCAUGUAUCCGGCCGAAUUUCCACGUCGACCGUCAGGUCCUCACGCCAAGUCAGCAAGCAAUGUUUCUUACUCUGUUGCGGAGAAGCCUUCCCAUGGUGCUGGUAUCCAUGGAAAGUCCACCCCUGUUGUACGCUCUUAUUCGCAAGACCGGUCCGCUUCACGAGUUCCGGCUUCAUCUCGUCCUCCUAUUCCCGCUCGGUCCACUAGCAGGCAACGACGGCCGUCGCUGAGUCGGCCCUCUCUGUCAUCCCAUUCAGGACUUGCUCAGGGUCUACAUUAUCGUUUGAGCCAGCGGUCCAUGACUGCUCCUCCGACGAUGGGACAUGAUAUUCAGCCAGACAGUCCCUUGACCUUUCAUUACCGGAGUUGUCAGCUUUUUCAGUCUCUCGAGGCGGGCUCCAACUCGGGUAACCAGCCAGCGAUGCAUUAUCCUCUGCAAAAUUCGGCAUCGCAUGGUCCUGAAUCUCUCUAUUCGCGGACAUCUCAUUCGGAUUUUGCAACAAAGGCUGCCAGCCCGGCUCUCUCGUCCCAUGGGCCCCAAGACCAUUAUGAUUCAACCGAGGAGCAACCAACGAAUGAUGUCCCGUCAACCGUCAUUUAUUGGAAGUCGCCCAGCUCACGGAGACGCGAAUAUGCCAAAAUCGACAAGUCACAUCGUGGCUUGCGUGGAUGGUGGACACGGUGGGCGCCGCGAUGGUGCCGGGGCUCCAGCCGCCAAGGAUUUUACGAUCAAGAAAAGAAUAGUGAAUGUGGCAGCGUGAGACGAUAUCGAAUGGACCUGCCUGAUGAGGACGAGUUGUAUCAAGCCGGACGUAUUGAUGAUGGCGACCUGGUGGACGAGAAGAAGCAGGCUCCGAAACGCGAUUCUCCCAAGUUGCGCCGGGUCUGGAGUUGCUUUGGCCCGAUCAAGGAAGCUGAAUCCCAAUGA